AUGUCUCAGACGACGUCCUCUGAAACGACAUCGGCUGGAGCAACAUCCACUGAGGUGCCACCCGCUGUGAGCCAUUCAGCUUCCCUACCGCAUACCCCUUAUAGCGGGACUGCUACCACCACGGGGGCUUUGACAGCCUCUUCUGUCGGUCCUGGAGUCCCGACGCUGGGUGUUGCCCCCGAAGCUACCUUAUAUCCCAGUGAUGGGGAGCUCCACGAGCCUCAGCCAGGACCCUAUAUACCGGCAGGGGGUGUGGGCACGAAUGGAUCGGUUCCUGUUUAUAACGUCAAGAGCGAUUUCGACUUUGAAUCUCUGGCCCUUGCACUCUACCAAGAGUACAUGGAGCUCGACCUCUUCCAUGAUGGACUGGCUCGCUUCUCCGAAGCGGAUUUUACCGCCGCUGGUCUCUCAGCAGAAGACCGUUACCUGAUCCAGUUCAUGGCUGAUCAGGAGGUCGGACAUGCGACUAUGCUGACCAAUAUCUUGGGAGCCAGAGCUCCCCGGCAAUGCGUAUACAACUACCCUUACACCACCGUCCAUGAGUUCGUCGACUUUUGUCAGAAACUCACCCGUUUUGGUGAAGCUGGUGUCUAUGGGUUCUUGGCCCAUCUGGACUCGCGUGAAGCGGCAACACUUCUAACCCAGGCCAUCACCACGGAGGCCCGGCAGCAGAUGAUCUUCCGCCAAUUUGAGGGACUCUUCCCUAUGCCGGUGUGGUUCGAGGUUGGCAUAUCUCAGUCGUGGGCCUGGACUCUGCUGGCACCGCAUAUCAGCUCGUGCCCUGACAACCAGACCCGACUGGUAUGGCAGAACUUCCCAGCGCUGUACAUCGAGAACCAGCCAAAUCCCUUCCGGAUCAACGGAUCGGCUGCAAUCAACGAGACAAUCCCCAGCGGCGGUAUGAAUGUCUUGAACAGCCAUACAGUGAACAAGACCGAGUCCUGCCUGAAUUCCACCAGCGUGGGCAUCAACUGCAAUCCGGGCAUCACCCGCAACCGCACCGAGCCCCUUUCCUACCCAGGCCGAACGGUAUAUCUGUCCUGGGAUCACCCAGGCAAGCCGGUUGGACCGAACAACAGCUACAUCACGAACACGACCGCAGGAGACCCGAAAUACGUUGUUUGGGCCUCGCAGCUGAACAUCACGUAUUCGCCAUUGAAUGUCAGUGAUAACGGAAAGGGAAUGCAUGGUACGACCAUCCAGCCUAACAUCUCGACCUAUGCUGGCGACCCAGCCAUUAACGGCACCAUUUUCAUUGCGAUUACGGACUCCGAUCCGUACCUGACCACGUUCAAUUUCAGCAGCAUCAACUCUCAUGUGGUUGCUGGUCCUGCUCUCUACCAAGCUGGCUAA